AUGGAGUCCAGGACAGCGACGGCAGAGCCGUCUAGCAAGCGACCUCGAUCGCCGUCCGGCGAUUUCCCUCCCAUCGCUUCUAAAGUCCCCAAAACACAUUCGAACCACCUGCAGAUCAACUACUUGGCGCGUCAGUAUCCGGAUAAUCUCCCACUGGUCUCCAUCGAUGAUACGAUGCCCGCGAUCAUACACCUGAUCGGUGAAUAUGACGGAGUUCUCCAUCGCCACGAGAGUAUCGCUGGAAAUUUGGGUGCAUGCCCUUUGGGACCCAUUCUGAUCAAACGCUUUGAGCGCCUUUUCGAUGGCCCUCCCCGCGUGCUCAAAUCGCACGGCAAAGACUCUCCCAACAUCACCUGGCUGGACGUAGUGGAGUUCGCCAAGAACAAGCCUGAGCAGUUCAAUCUGGAGAAGACCCGCAAUGGUGUGCGAGUCUGUCAAUUCUACACCAAGCAGUGUCGGGUGGAGAUCAGCGAAGAAGACUUCGUGCUGAUUGCGUCGGGAAUGCCGCAGAAAAUGAUCCCCCCGCAGCCGAUUAUCGAGGAUGAGGAGAAGGAGUUAGGCGCGUUAGAGAUUUUGGAGAAAAACCUCCAACAGAUUAUUCAGGUCGCAGACCAAGGUGAGUUUCCAGGCAAAGCGAUGUGUAUAUCUGCCGGUGCUAACCGCUCGCCUCGUCUAGUGUCCGCGCGAGCGAGACAACUUAAUCAUCGUCUCAAAAACCGAAGAACAGCGAUUGUCACCCGCCGAGAGAAUGAUCUAUCUCUUCAUUCGCAGUCGCAGUCGCAGUCGCAGUCGCAGCAGCAACAGCAACAGCAUCGCUCCAUCAGCCCUGUUUGGCGCGACGCCAAUGGAAGUCAGCAUCCGCUGAACGGCAGCAGUCACUCGAACACCGGGUCUCCCUCCACCGGCUUCGUUGCGGUUAACACCGGCCGGCCCGGUGGGGAACCUACAACUGAAGAUAAUGCGCUGUCUCAACAAUUCAUGUUCUCGCACUCCAACACAGAUAAUGUCACCAUUAUCAAUGGGACCUCCAUCAAAGGCGCAUCUCCGACAACGCGCGCGGAGCUGAUGAAGAAGUUCUUCACUACCCAAGACCGACAAUCUCGCAGCUAUGAAGAAGGAACUGGGUCUCAAAACCGCCAGUCAUCCCGGCCACGGCCACGGGCGUCGGAUGCGACAGAGUACAAUAUGUACACCCCCACCGCGGCCACAGUUGCCAUCCCCAACACGCCAUCAUCGCUACUUCCUCCGCCCAAGUCCCACCACCAUGAGAAGGACGACGGCGGCCCGUUCAAGAUGGAGAUGGUUGCCCGCAUGGAGGAGCUGCAACGCGGCGAACGCAUACUGCCCCCAUGUGAUCGGUGUCGUCGCCUCCACAUGGAUUGCUUGAAGAACCUUACAGCAUGCAUGGGCUGCACGAAAAAGCAUGCCAAGUGUUCUUGGAAGGAUGUCAAAGCGGAGGAGCUACAGGAGUCCCGUGAGCCCCGUGAGCCCCGUGAGCCACGCCCUGAUCCAAUGGCACGGGAGCGACCGGAGAGUUUGACCCCGAAAGAGUCCUUGCCGACGACCACAGCACCGGCACCGAUGGCGCCAUCUAUAUCUUCCGUGCCCACGCCCCCUUCAGCUGCAGUGGUGCCCGAAAUCGAUCGUCACCGAGAGAUUGAGUACAACGUGCGCAGGGAGUCCGCUCCGACAGCGGGCCCCAUACCUGGGACUCCACUCGGCAAGGAGCCGUCGCCCCGCCGGGCGAUGAGUGAGAUCCGAGGCGGCUCCUUAAGUCAUGACCGGCAUAUCGGUAUCAACCGCAAUACCAACCCAGCCGCCGAGGAUGAUGACCCAGAUGCCAACCAACGGCUGAUGCAGGCGAUCCUCGACACGGUUGACCACCACGCGCGGGCCGCAGCCGCGGCGAAAGAGGGCGGACAACCGAUGACUGAGCGUGAACGCGAGCAAGAACGAGACCGAGACCGGAAACUGGUGAAAGCUUAG